AUGUCAGCAGCGUAUCGAGGUGUGGAAUAUGCGCUCUCACCAGCACUGAAGAGCCCACCUAUUAUCUUCCCGCGGAACCCAAGCCCUCUCUCGCCUCAGUACUACCAACGACCACCAUACCAACCGCAAACGCCGAUACAUGAUGCGGUGCAGCUGCAGUCACCGUCUCCACUCUACAGCAGAACGCAGGCUUUCCGUCACUCGCAACAGAAACGCAAGCCCGCCCCGCUGCACCUCCAGGCCGACUCGCCAACCCUGGGCCACUGGACACACCUGCAACGGCCGCCCAGCCCCAUCCCGACGCCUUAUCUCCUCGACGGGAGCGACGACGGCGAUGAUGGCGACGACGAGUUCCCGAUCAGGCCGUCGGCGGCGCUGCUGCCACACAAGACGCAGGACAGAGGCACGGCAGCAACGCCGCCGCGGCGCCGACUGCCAGACCUCCUGCAGGACGUCCUCGAGAUCAUGAACUCGAUAACGAGCCAGCAGAGCCAGCUCGAGGAGGAGAGCCUCGCGCUGCAGGACAUGGUCGAGCUCGUGGUGACGAUGCAGGAGCAGGCCGACUCGCUGAUCGAGUACUCGGACCUGGUGGAGGAGUACGUGGACGUGGUUAAUGACGAGGUCGGCUUCGCUGCCAGCCCGUCGUCGACUUAUUCCAUCGACACUGCUGACAUGCAGGAGGAGAUGGACGAUGAGGAGCAUGAGGCUAGGGUGCAUGCCGAGGCACGGGAGCUGGCGUCCAGGGCCGACUCUGGCGUGAGUGUUGGGGAUGACUUCGUGACCGAUGGCGAGGAUGCUCGAGUGACGGAUAGUCGACGACCUCAGGCCAGUGCGGGCGCCAGAACAAACGCGCCAGGGCAGGCAAAGCCAACGCCCAGGGAGCAACCGUUCAGGGACUCAGGACUGGGGUUGAUGAGUCCAGAUAUGGCGGAGAAGCCGGGGAACAUGGGCCGAGGGAAGCGAGUGUCUUCGAGGGGCCGGAGUAGUCGCUCCUCGGGGACAAGGGGAGUUGCUUCCAGGAUGCGUGGCCGAUGA